UCAAGAAGUACGAGUAACUAGUUACAAUGAAUACAUCAAAAAAGAAAAAGUUUUAAUUCCGUGGGCAAUCCAAUUUGGGGAUAUUAUAUGAUGUAAUUUAGCCCCCAUUUCUUGUCAAUACAAAUGUAAUUCAAGGUCAGAUUUCUUACAAUUCUUUCUUAUGUAAAUAUAUACAUAUAUCUUCUUAUAUGUUCUUCAAUUGAUGCUAAAAAGGUAAAUCAACCGGAUAAAAAUAUAGAAAAAUGGAUGAUCCUAUAGAUACUAAUAUUGAUUUAAACCAACACCCAGUUGCUGAUCCAUCCCCAGAAUCACAAUCUUUAGAAACCCCACAAAAUGAAAUUCAAGAUAGAUUCAGGGCUUUGGAAGCACUUAAUUCUGUUAGGGUUAGGCGGCCGCAAAGAGUCGUAAAUGAUUCGAUGUCGAAUUUGAAUAAUGAUAUAAAGAGGAAUGUUAGUUAUUUGGAAAAAGCAUUAGAAAUGAAUUUGGAUUAUGGUAGUGAAAAUAAAAAGAUUGGUGAUAAUGAAAAAGGGAAUUAUUUUGAUUGUAAUGUUUGCUUAAGUAUGGCCCGUGAUCCGGUUUUGACUUGUUGUGGGCAUUUGUUUUGUUGGGGGUGUUUUUAUAAAGUUCCUUAUGUUGAUUCGAUUUCGAAAGAAUGUCCUGUUUGUAAAGGGGAAGUGAUUGAUUCAAACGUUGUACCGAUUUAUGGGAACGGGAACGGGAAUGAGAAAGGAAUGGGCAAACGGGCGUUGGAGUUGGAUUCUGGGCUGACGAUACCACCAAGGCCACGGGCUCGUAGAGUGGAGAGUGUUAGACAAGAGAAUAUUGGUCAGGAGUUUCAUCAUGUGAUGAUGGCAAAUGCAGUUAGAAGGAUUAGAGCUGUCCAAGAAACCGCUCCUUCUCAGAGUGUUAACAGUUUAGGUUCAACAUCAAAUGCAGAGAGGAAUCGUGAAGCUAGACAGUUUUCUCGAAGUGGUCCCAUGCUUUCUUCCAGUGCAUCUCCAUUGAACAGAUAUCUGGAUUUUGAUACUCAUAUUAGCAAUGGGGCUCAACCAGUUUAUCGAGACAGAGUUACUUCGGUUUUUAACGCUAGUGUUUCUAUCCAGACGGUUUUCCAAAGAAACGUUGCUGCUGCUACUGCAGUGCAUUCGGGUACUUUACCAACAAACGGUUCUGUUGAGAUUGAUGUGACUAUAUCUGGUCCCCGGAGAAGGAGAAGAAGAAGAAGAAGAAGGGGUGUCUCACCGGCUAUGAAUUUGGAAGGUGAAUCUUCAGUAGAAUUUAGGAGACGAUUGAGGUGAUAAUAAUAGUAUAUACUUCUCUUAGUUUGCUGUUACUCAAUAUCAUAUACAUUGUUAAAAAAAUGCUAUAACAUAGUAAGGUUACUAAAUAUCCUUUUAGUAACCAGGUUUCGUGUUUUCUGUUGAAUUUUCUAUGUGGUAAUGGCCUUAGACAUCAAGAAAAUGUAAUAGCUUAGAAUUAGAACAACAGAAGAAUGAAAACAGACUUUACAACGUAUA